UGUUGCUCAACGCUGCAGAGCCAUCAAAGAACUGCUCUAUGUCACAAUGCAAACAGCCCAGCACUGAGCCCCUGCGGGCCUGCCCGGGCUCUUACCUGCAGCUCAGUGACUGUGACAUGCCAGCCACAACCUCAUACGGAUGUGUGGGACCUCCCGUCACCCCACCGCUCUCCUGCUGCUGGUGGCCUGUGAAUGAAAAAAGUGACACAAACGAGCUUGAAGCUGCCACCAUCCCCAACAGCAGCGGGAGGACUUGGCAGAGCCUGCCCUGCUCGGAGUCCCGGGCAGCAUGAAGCCGGAGAGCUUCCCCGAGGAGAAUGGCUUAGGGGAGGGAAAGGCUGCUAGCCAGGGCGACCUCACAGCCGGGAGCUGCCCGAAGAAACGCCGCUGGAUUCCCGAAUACUUCUGGGGGGAUGUGAGGCAGCUGCUGGUGCUGGCGGGGCCGCUGAUCCUGAUCCAGCUGCUGAUCUUCCUGAUCCACCUCGUCAGCUCCAUAUUCUGUGGCCACUUGGGCAAGGUUGAGCUGGCCUCUGUCACUCUGGCCAUCGCUGUUAUAAAUGUCACUGCCAUCUCUGUGGGUUAUGGUUUGACUUCAGCAUGUGACACCUUGAUAUCACAGACCUAUGGCAGCAAGAACCUGCUGCGGGUGGGGGUGAUCCUGCAGCGUGCCACCAUCAUCAUCCUCCUCUGCUGCUUCCCUUGCUGCGGCCUCCUCCUCAACGUGGAAGAGUUGAUGCUGCUCAUACAUCAGGAUCCCGAGGUCUCCAGGAUGACCCAGCACUACGUGUAUGCAUUUCUGCCUGCCCUCCCGAUGGUUUUUCUGUAUAACCUGGAGACAAGAUACCUGCAGAACCAGAUGAUCAUGUGGCCCUUGGUGCUGAGCGGGGUCAUCGGCAACCUCGUCAACGUGGCUGCAAACUACCUCCUCCUCCACGUGUUCCACCUGGGCAUCAUGGGCUCUGCCUGGGCCAACACCAUCGCUCAGUAUUCACAAACCAUUUUCUUGUUCCUGUACAUCAUAGCCAGGAAGCUCCAUGUGAGCACCUGGGGAGGCUGGUCCUCCCAGUGCCUGCUGGACUGGAACAGCUUCACCUCCCUGGCUAUCCCCAGCAUGCUCAUGAUGUGCAUUGAGUGGUGGACCUAUGAGAUUGGGAGUUUCUUGAUAGGCCUGCUGAGCGUUGUCGAGCUCUCUGUCCAGUCCAUCAUCUAUGAGGUGUCUGUCGUGGCUUUCAUGAUCCCCCUGGGGCUGGGCACAGCUGCUGGUGUGCAGGUGGGCAACUCGCUGGGCGCCGGCGACUUCCAGGCAGCCAAGAGAUCCGCCACCACCUGCCUGAUCUGCACAGGGGUGUUCUCCGUUAUUGUGGUGUCCAUUUUAGCUGCCACAAGGAACGUGCUGGGAUUCAUCUUCACCAAGGACAGGGAAAUCGUUGACUUGGUGGCAUGGGUCAUGCCUAUCUACGUUGUCUUCCACUUGUUCGAAGCCAUGACUGGUGCCUGCAGUGGGGUGCUCAGAGGCAUCGGGAAGCAGAAAUUUGGUGCUGUCCUCAACGCCUCGAGUUACUACGGCCUGGGCAUGCCCCUGGCAGCUGUGCUGCUCUUUGUGGCCAAGAUCGGUGUCAUAGGCCUGUGGAUCGCGAUGCUCGCCUCUGUCUUCAUCAUCUGCACCUGCUUUGUCACCUACAUCUCCCGUGUGAACUGGGAGAAGGCAGCCAAGGAGGCUCAGCACCGUGCAGGAGUGGCCCAUCUGCCACCACCAGAGCUGCCCAGCCUGAGCCCUGAACCCUCCUGCAAGGACCUGGACGUGGGACCAACCCCCCUGCCCCACACUUUCCUCCCUGCCAGGGCGGUGCUGGGGUCUGUCGCGGGAAUAGAAGUGCCGAGCGACGUCGUGCUCACGGGCAUCACCAAGACGGAGGGAGCCACGUACCAGCUGGAGCUGCCGCGGGUGACCCCCGUGCCCGCCGCCGUGAUCACCAGGCAGCUGAUCCUGCACCGCGUGCUGCAGGUGCUGGCAGCUGUCUCCAUGCUCGCCGUCGGCGUCAUCGCCAAGCUCAUCGCCAGCAGAUACUGACUGCACCAAGGACUUUGGGGACUUGUUUGUGGGGUGGAAGGCUUUUCUGAGGGACAGGUGUACGGAGCGCGGAGCAGCCAGCGAGGAAAUGGAGCGCGCCUGUCCCCCAGGAGCCAAAGGGCUUCUGUCGGUGCUGUCAGUGCUGAUGUUGAUUGGGAGCAGGCCCCGAGGCUGCUCUGACACCCAAAAUGCUGCUCUGGGCUGCCUGACACACGCUGAGUGUGUGUGGGACCCCCAGCCCACGCUGCCACCACCCCCUGGAGCUGAGCACAGCCCAGCUCCCCCUGCUACUCCAUGACAAAUGCCCAAUAAAGAAUAAAACUGG